AUGGCUACCAUACUGACCCCAGAAUACUCCCUAGAUCCCUCUGAUGCAUCCGAUGGGGCUGUCCCACCACACGUGAAUGGCUCACUCACAACAAGACUGGAUCAGCAGCCGAGUUCAAGACCUACUACUGAUGGACUGUCGGAAGGCCAGAAAAAAUCAUACGACGAGCUCGCUGCCAAGAAGGUUGCAGCUGGCGAAUGGCUCCGUUAG